UUAGCGGUUAAUGAAUGACAUGUGGAUUCGAUUUUUUGUUGCGACGAUCUUCGUUGCGUGUAGAUUUCUAGUCAGGACUCAAGAGGUAUGCACAACACCAGAAAAUCAUGUUGGAGUUUGCAUACUCUUGCAAAAGUGCCCAUCAAUUUUUGCGUCUUCUUCGGAUUUUGAGACACCUUUAACGCUGGAAAGAUUGGACUUUCUUAUCGAAUCUCAAUGUGGCUUCGAUGGUAUUAAUCCUAAAGUUUGCUGUUCCGUUGAAGAAUUACAAUCCUUGUAAUUGUUGAACUAACGAUUCUAUUGAUUAAAUUAAAUCGAUGAAAAAGCGUUUUCGUUCUCACACUAUUUUUCAAAUAGAAACGUGUUUACUAAAUGACUGGAAAUCACAUCGUUUAUUUCCCUUUGUUUGCGACAUUUCCAGAAAGUGAUUGCCUAAUAAUCUAUCAAUGGACUGUAACAAAAAACCAGCAAAAACAAAAAGCUUUCCGUCCAUGUGUCCAAGUUCCAUAUCCCUGCAGAUCGGAAAUUCACCAUCACAACAAACAUCCAUAUAUCACGUUAGAAUUUUUUGCUGGAACUUCGACCGGCGUCUAACAUUAAUGGAAAAGACAUUGGUCAUAAAGCCAAUAGUAUAGGCGAUUGUUAUCCAAUUUUUGUAUAUGUACAUUGUAAAAUUAUAAACAUACACAAAUAAAG